GAAGCGAAGCCGCCAUAGACCUGUUGGUGUCAAAGCGCGUGCACAGCAGGAUAGCAGCAGUAGGAUGGCGUCAAACGCGUUCGUGUUGUGCAAAGUCCGACGCAACGUGAGUCUGUCACCGUGUCAUGCCGUGGAUGCGCGUGUCGGCAUUGAACAGAAUCUGACGGAGCAGCUCAUGCGCUACUCGGAGGCUCUGCAGGGUGUGGUGCUGAGCUUCAGUAACGUAAAGCUGGACAGACCCUACGGAGCCAUCGUGAACGAAAUGCCCUUCAUUCAUUGUAAGGUGCUGACCGAUGCGUUGGUCUUCCGUCCAAAGGAAGGAAUGAAGCUGCGCGGCGUCGUCAAUAAGAUCGGCAGCAACCACGUCGGAAUGCUCUUCGCUGGUGUCUUCAACGGCUCCGUGGCUGAAGCUGAGUUGCCCAAAGGAUACGUGCACAACUACGCUCAGGACUGCUGGCUGGGCGAGGACGGCUCCUCUAUCUCUGUUGAGGAUGAGGUCGAGGUCAAAGUGCUGCGUGUCCACGUUGCUGGCGGUAUGAUCGCUAUUGAAGCCACGAUGCGCUUUGACGCCGCUGGCGUUGCGAAGACUACGACAUCAAAGAAAGCGAAAAAGGCCACGCAUCUUAACCUGGCAGCAGGAGAGCCAGUGACCAAGCCCACUAAGAAGAAGAAAGCCAGAAAGAGCAAACAAAGUGAGGUGGAAGUGAAGGACAAGAAGGAAACGAAGAGCAAGAAGCGCAAACACGAGAAAUCUGCUGAUGAAGAGGUAGCAGAAGAUGCAACAGCGCCUGCUGUCGAUAAAGUGAAGCCUAGCAAGCACAAAGACAAAGACGCCAAGAAGAAAAAGCACAAGAAGAGCAAGCACGACUAG